CAGAGGUACUUACGUAAUCCAUUCGCCUUGAUCAAAUAGUUCCUGGAUUAGAGCUGCUAUAAGAAUGUUUUCCUGUCGUUAAACAACUCAUAACAGGUGAACAUGAAGCCCAUUAUAAUGCCAUCACUGGAGCUGUAAGUUGCUAGCAGGCAAUAUAAUAAUAAUCGUCCAGCUCUUGAGCCGUCCACGUUGCCGUCAAGGGUAACGUUAUUUUAACGCGUUAUCAUGUGGGUUUUCGGUUACGGGUCCCUGAUAUGGAAAGUGGAUUUUCCUUAUGAGGAGAAGAGAAUCGGUUAUAUUAAAGGCUUCAGCCGUCGGUUUUGGCAGGGCAGUACCGACCACCGGGGAGUACCGGGUAAGCCUGGCCGGGUUGUUACUCUGGUAGAAGAUCCUGAGGGUUGCGUUUGGGGCGUUGCCUACAAACUGCCGACCGGCCGAGAGCAGGAAGUGAAGAGCUACCUCGACUACCGAGAAAAAGGUGGUUACCAGGUCAUCACCGUGACCUUCUACCCCCGUCCCUUACUCAGUCCUUCGCCCAGCCAGACGCUGCUCUACAUAGGCUCUCAGGACAACCCCAACUACCUCGGGCCCGCACCUCUGGAGGAGAUAGCCAACCAGAUCGUCAGCUCCACCGGUCCAAGCGGGAAAAAUACAGAAUAUCUAUUCCAGCUGGCUGAUGCUGUGAGAACUAUUCUGCCUGAGGACUCAGACGCGCAUCUGUUUUCUCUGGAAACUUUAGUGAGAGAAAGGCUACAAAGCGGAUAGAAGCACUGAAAUCACGUUGAUUAUAACUCAAUAAAGAAUAAAACUUGACCAAUUA